AUGGGGCAAGCAUUCCUGCGCUAUGAAGGCCCAGAACUUGGGUGGGUUUACGACGAGGAGGAACAGGCGUUCUACAAAAGCUUGCGCCUCGGUGGAUAUGGCGCCCUCAACAUUCACUUCUUCAGCGACUGCCCCCCCGGUGCAAACGGCUACUGUACCUUUCCGACGGUGAUCGACGGCAGUGAUGACUUUGCCUUUAGGCAAGACGCUUGCCAGCUCAGCGCGAUGACCAUGCCGGGCUUCACCGCGGAACAAGGAGCCUUUGAGGAAUGGAAUUUGGGCCAUUUGGCGGUUCACGAAGCUAGACAUUGA